CCGGCGUGUCGCGCGGAGCCGAUCGCCGAUCGUCGCUCCGCCUCGAUCGCGCCCGAUCGACGAUCGCUGCCGCGGGUCCACGGACUCAACUCUUCGCUCUGCUCCUCGCACACACGGGGGUCGUUCGCGCCACGGCAUCAGCGCCGUAUCGGCGAUCCGCGCCGUGCUGCGGGUGGAAAGCGUUUCGCGGCUCGAGAGAGAAAGAGAGAAGAUCGAGACCGUGGGGAUAGACUACGGUCGUAAAGUGUGCGUCCCACGUGAAAACUGAGGUCCUCGUCAGCGUCAUCGUCAUCGUCAUCGUCGAUCAUCGACCCCAUUACGCGCGCUCUCGUCGCUUCGACUCGGAAAUGCUUCUCGGGGGAUCGUCGAGAGAAGGAGCGCGACGAAGCUGGCGCGACAGACGUAAGCUUCCGGCGGUGUGAAGCGCGAGACGCGGCAGGAGGAGAGCACAGGAGAGGAACGACCGGGUCUAGAGGGAAUGAGCUAUGGUAUCCGCUCCUGAGCGUACGAUCAUCGGCGCGAUGCGUUUCCACUCUUCCAGCCGGCCACUCUCCGAGUAACCGAGCUAAAGAAGAUACGCACGAGCAUAGGCUGCACGCGUGAACUGAGCGGUAUGGUCGAGGUCCUUCGAGAGAGAUAAGACCAGGACGCGGGACGAGAUCCGCGCGUUCUUUAAUGGACGUUGCGCUCCGAUCCUCGUUGCAUUCUGCUGGCGAGUCGCUCGCGCGAGGAAAACAAGAUUCGAGAGGAGGAAGAGGGACCUUGAGAUCUCUUAUACGCUUGCUGCGAGGGUUUUAUGGAUACGCGAAGGCACCACAUAGAGGGGCUCUCUCGGCUCUCGAACGCUUCGGAGUAUCCGCGAUAAUCGUCGUCCAAUGAUGCGCUCAGGAUGAUCGAUUGACGCGCGGCGAGAUCGAUGCGGGAUCGGUCUCUCGGCGAUAUAUACGCCUUAUAUAUAUAUACUUAUAUAUACCCAGUACACUAGUGAUUGCUCUCUCUCUCUCUCUCUCUCUCUCUCUCUCUCUCUCUCUCUCUCUCUCAAAUAGCGUGAGGAAACGCUGAACGCUGAAACGGACGAAUAGAUGCGCGUGCACCAGUGUGGGAAUCGCAGAGAUGUCGCGAAUUUCGAAUCGCGUUGCUACGAUUGGCGCGGCCCUCGCCAUCGUUUUGCUCGUGAUACUCUUAGUAAUCUUGUGGUCGGACGUGCGUAACGUGGACAGGAUCGAGAGCCUCGGCCGGAUACGGAAGAAUUCGACGGUCGAGCGUGCCGUCAAUGAAACGACGGGGAGGCAAUGGAUCGCCAGCGGCCUGCGCAUCGCCACGACGGAUCUGAUCACGACGUUCGAGUCCAUCGAGCAGAAUCUCACGAACGAGGUGCUUCCUAGGGGAAUACAAAACACAAAGGAAUUUAAUAGUACGUCGUCGGUAAACUUAUUGCCGUCCGCUAGGGAGAAUCUGGAGUACGUGAAACCUUUAAAGAUUAGUCAAAAUCAGUAUGAAGACCCACCUGAACAAUUUUCUACGGCAAAAAGGCAUCACAGUGGUCACUUUCGGCACGCGACGGCCGAAGUCUGGGAUCCUCACCCGCAGUACGAAUUCACCGCCUUCGGAAGGCGAUUUCGUUUGCGAUUGGCACACGACGCCAGUUUCGUAUCUCCCGACAUAAAGGUGACACACAUGAGCGAGAACACAACUAGGAGAGAACACGCCGGUCAUCACUUGGGCUGCUUCUACAGCGGGUCAGUCGACGGCGAUCCAAGUUCAGCGGUCAGUGUCAGCCUUUGUCACGGAAUGACUGGACACAUGAAAACGUCGAUGGGCAGCUAUUUCAUUAAACCGACCGAACACUGGCGCGAGGACGACAAGGAUUCUCUCGGAUCUUCGUUGCAGCAUGCAAUCUAUCGCGUACCCACGGCCGCGAUCAGUUUGAACGACGACUCCAACUUCGAUGCUUCCGAAAAUGGAAUUAAGAGCCACAAUUGCGGCGUGAUAGAUUACGAUUCGGACGACGUCCCAUCCCCAUUAACAGACGACAGUUCCGCUCGUAAAGUUUACGUCGGGGAGCGUUCGCGGGAGCGUAGAUCAUUGACGCGGAAAACCGCAUCGUUGGAGCGGUUUCCUAGAGAGGAGGAAGAGGAAUAUGAACGAUUCAGCGAGCUGAGCGAGCACCGUCGGGAUCUUCUUCAGAGAUUGGAUCAUGACGACAGGUAUUACAGUGUGGAACGUGAACGCGGCUAUCAGAAUGAAGAAUACGCACAGGACUCGGAGAUGGACUCGGAUCCCUUCGUGACGUGGAGACCGCGGCGUGCCUUACCGCGUGAAUAUUUCAUCGAGAUCAUGGUGGUGGCUGAUGCGAAAAUGGUGGAGUAUCAUGGCACUGGCUUGGUCAGCUACAUUCUCGUCCUAAUGAGCACGGUUUCACGGAUCUACAAGGAUCAGUCUAUCGGCAAUCCGGUGAGUAUCGCAGUGAUGAAGAUCGUCAAGACUGAGGAAAUAUUCGGUGUCAAGCAUAGCGGAAGCGACGGAAUCGCGGCGGCCGAGAUGUUGAAGCGAUUCUGUCAGUGGCAGAAACGCAACAAUCCCGACGAACCCUCUCCGGAACACCAUGACGCCGCGCUUCUGUUAACCAGAGAAAAUCUAUGUCACAAUCCGCGCCAAAAGCGUUGCGAUACUUUGGGCUUGGCCGAGCUGGGUAGAAUGUGCUCGCCGGGAUCUUCGUGCGCUAUCGUGCAGGAUAAUGGAUUAGCCGCAGCGUUUACCAUCGCGCACGAGAUUGGUCACGUACUUAACAUGCCGCACGACGACGACGCCAAGUGUGCGGGCUUCAGGAACCGUUCGGGCGUGCAUAACGUCAUGUCCCGUAUGCUGGACGAUAAUACUUUUCCCUGGGAGUGGUCCAAGUGUUCGCGACACUAUGUCACCGAAUUUCUCGAAGCCGGAUACGCCAACUGUUUGCUCGACGAACCCAGCAAAACGAUGGAGAGACAAAACGGUCGAUUACCCGGCGAAGAUUAUUCGGAGAACAAACAGUGCGAGCUCGUCUUCGGGCAAGGAUCCAGAAUCUGUCCUCACAUGGUGAGUGAUGUGUGUAGGAGACUGUGGUGCACCGCGCCACUGUGGGAUCAUCAUCAGCAGUGUCACACUCAGCACAUGCCCUGGGCUGACGGCACACCUUGCGGCGCUGACAAAUGGUGUCAUCGCGGCGAAUGCGUCUCGCGAAGGAACCUCGAGCCGGUGCACGGCCAAUGGGGCGAGUGGGGCAGAUACGGCGAGUGUUCGCGGACCUGCGGCGGCGGUGUUAAGCGGAAGUACCGCGAGUGCGACAAUCCAGCGCCGAAGAACGGCGGUAAUUACUGCAUUGGCGAGCGCGUCAAAUACCGCAGCUGCGGCACCAGAGAGUGCCCGUCAGGUAGCCCAGACUUUAGAGAAGAGCAGUGUUCGAAAUUCGACAACAACAACUUCAACAUUCAGAAUCUUGCCAGAGAUGUUAAGUGGCAUGCCAAAUAUACUAGAAUACUGCCGCAAGAUCGUUGCAAACUGUACUGCCAAGUGGAGAGCAAUCAGUAUUACAUGUUACGCGACAAGGUAAUCGACGGUACACCCUGCGGCCCCGAUACUUUUCAUAUAUGCGUUAACGGCCAGUGCAAGCCCGCCGGAUGCGACCACGUCUUGAAUUCGACGGCCGAGCUCGACACCUGCGGAGUCUGCAGAGGCGACAACGCCACUUGUCAGAGGAUCGCGGGCGCCUACAACGCCAGCGUGUACGGUUACACUAGGGUAGCUAAAAUCCCCGCCGGCAGCAGUUACAUUGACAUUAAACAAUAUGGAUGGCUGGGCUCUCACAACGACAGUAAUUACCUCGCAUUGCGAACUGGAGAAGACGGCGAAUACGUCCUAAACGGGAAUUUUAUGGUAAUGCAUCGUAAAGUGAUUGUGCACCCAGGCGUCACUAUCGAAUACAGCGGACCGGAAUCGGUUGUGGAACGAUUGAACAGCUCCCGGCCUACCGCCAUCGAUUUAAUUUUGGAGGUAUUAUCUGUAGGGAACGUUUAUCCGCCGCAAAUCACAUACGAAUACACUGUACCGAAAAGAAUUCUAAAUAGUUACACAUGGCUGCUCAGCGAUUGGUCGACCUGCCAUCGAAUGUGCCAAGGUAUGAAAUAUCGUAAGGCCGAAUGUAGAAGUACCGAGCACAAGGACGCGGUGCCCGACGCUUAUUGCAGAAACGAGGAAAAACCGCAAGAGGAGAGUCAGAUAUGCAACGCGCAUUGUACAUUACAAUGGCAGAUUACUUCCAUGUCCGAAUGCUCGAAUCACUGUGGCCCGGGCAUGCGAACCGUCACCUCGCGAUGCGUUCAGAUCUUGUUGGAUUCGUCGCAUUCCCCGCGGCCGAUACCGGCGCACGCAUGCUUGCACAUUGAGAAGCCGAGCGAGCAUCAGCCGUGCGUAGGUCCUUGCGACGACGCUCAUUGGAGUUACAGCGAAUGGAAUGCCUGUAGCGUGUCGUGCGGCGGCGGUGUACAAUUCAGAAGCGCGGUAUGCGUCGAUUCAAACGAAAGACACGUAGGAGAUGAGAAUUGCGCCAGACAAGAGAAACAUCUUAAGAGGACGUGCAACCAAGAGGCUUGUCCGAAAUGGGAUCUGGGAGAAUGGAGCUCGUGUUCUGUAACUUGUGGGGUGGGAAAACGGCAUAGAGCAUCCUGGUGCCAGGUCGAGAACCGCGUGGUAUCGCGCACUUUCUGCAGCGGCACGCCAAUCGUAACGACGGAGAUCUGCGACGCCGGUCCUUGUCAACAGUGGCACGCCGGCGACUGGAGUCCGUGUUCGGUAACGUGUGGCGAGGGAACGUCACGAAGAAAGGUCGUUUGCAAGAAUGCAGACGGCGCACCGAGUGACGGAUGUUCCAUUACUGAGAAACCAGACACUUCAGUUACCUGCACGCUAAAACCAUGCCCCAGUGUCAGCUUGCCGCCGACCACGUAUUCAACGAAUUCCCCACGUGAAGAUUCGUCUCCACAAGAAAAUGAAAUUGACAACGGUAUUACAUUCCAUUCUGGUUACAAAUGGCACGUAGGAUCUUUCGGAGAGUGCUCGCGAAAAUGCAACAUCGGUUAUAAAAACAGGAUAGUGAGAUGUAUAUCUUCAGAAACUGGGGUGAUUGCGCCUGACUAUAUUGCGCCUGACUAUUACUGCGACUCUAAGCAACCUCCCAUAGUCAGGAUGGCAUGCAAUCGUCACCCAUGCCCGACUUGGAAUACCGGCGAUUGGAGCGAGUGCGACGCAACGUGCGGUAAUGGAUUCCAGCAUCGUCAAGUCCGUUGUCAGAGUCAUCGUGGCGAAAAUUUGCUAGACAAAGAAUGUAGCGACGAACAACCAAAGCACGUGCGGCGAUGUCAGAAAGAACCUUGCAGAAGCCCUAAGAAUAGCAGGGAGAAUAGUUUGGAGUCUAAUAUCGUUCGCAGAUGGCGAAUGACUAAUUGGACUCCGUGCUCGAAAUCGUGCGGAAGCGGAAUUCAGACGCGAAGAGUGGAAUGUACGCUAAGAAGAGGCAACCAUGGGCCAGAAGUACCCGUUAAGGACGAGCAGUGCUUGAGAUCAAAAUCGCGCAAACCGAAAUCGCAGAGAUUAUGCCAACGCAUUGCCUGUGAUUUUAUCUGGCAAGAAGGCACCUGGUCGGAGUGUUCGGCGGAUUGUGGCAUAGGAAUACAACGUCGUGCAGUCACGUGUCAUCGAGUAAAUCGCUAUGGAUGGAUCGAUCCAACUCCAACGGACGGUUGUCCGAUGGAUCAAAGACCGGCCGGCGAGCAGACUUGUAAACUACGUGAAUGCAGCGAUAAAUAUUAUUGGACUGCUGGCUCCUGGAGAAAAUGUAGUCAUCCUUGCGGACGCAAAGGUCGACAAAUUCGUAGGCUUUAUUGCCACGAUACAGCGGGCAAGAAAGUAGCGCGGUUUCACUGUCCAGCUGAAUACAAGCCGCAACGAAAGCGUAAGUGCAAUCAAAGAAGAUGCGGCCCGGUCAACUGUCUCGAAAUCCAGAAACGAUUCAAAGUAAGCGCGGACGGUGAAUACCCGUUGUUAAUCGGUGGUAGAAAUAUGACGAUUUAUUGUCACGCAAUGUCGAGCGCCGAGCCACGGGAAUACUUGACUUUGCCUGCUGGCGACAGCGAGAACUACGCGGAAAUCUACGACAAGAGAUUAAGAAACCCACAUACGUGUCCGUUCAAUGGUCAAAGAAAUGACAGCUGCAACUGCGUGUCCGAAUUGGGGACGGUAUCUGGUAGAACAAUGUUUAAGAGGGUACGCAUAGAUCCGGCGACACUCUACAUUAUAGCAAACGAUUACACGUUUUCGUGGACAAAGGGAAUGCAACGUGUUGAAUAUGGCAAAGCCGGGGAUUGCUACAGUCUCAUGGAAUGUCCACAAGGACGAUUCAGCAUUGAUUUGAGAGGAACCGCCUUAGGACUGUCGCCAGAAAUUACCUGGGUUAAAGAAACCUCGAGCGCUUCUCUCGUAAUCAAUAAAAUUAACAAUCAACGAAUCGUCGGUAAAUGCGGCGGUUACUGCGGCUUCUGCAAGCCGAGGAUGGGCCUAAAGCUGGACGUAUUACCCCCCUAGUCACAGCCAUCAACUUUUGGUAGUUCAUCUAUCUGUCCUAUGAUCCCGCCGUAAGCCACGCGGUGUUAUAACCACCGAUUUGCUUUAAAUUCGAUUAGUUUCUUAGUAGUUUCCGAAAAAAGUAUACAUAUAUUUUCUUCCAAUACAUGUAUACUCGCGAUAGCAAUACCGAAACUCACUCAACCGGCGACCGAUAUUAGCGGAAAGCACAUGACACGAUGUACAAUCUAUCACUGCCGUCACGCAUGUGCGAUUAUACAAAUUAAAAUUACAAGUUACGAUUAUGUGUUUGUAGAAAACGUGUUUCUUUAGAAAAAAAAAGAAAAGAGAGCAAAUAUUAUUCUGAAAUGAAUAUUUCCAUAACUGGGCAUUUUCUCGCCACAAUUCGAACUUCUAAUAUUCGUAACGUUUUUAACGUUUAGCAAUCGUUAUGUGCGAACUUGUAAAAAAUUUUGGUACAAACAUAAGUUCUAAAGAAUUUGAUAAAACUUAUUAAUUUUGUAUUUUUGAAAUUGACCACAACCGAAAGCGGAGUGUUGCAGCUACUAUUUGGGAAUACUAAUUAUUAUAAAUUAAAUUAAUAAAUUUUAUUAAACUUGUCAGGACCGUGUUCAAAGUUAUCUGUGUUCCACAAUUUAUGUAAGAUACUUCAUAUUCCAUACAUUAUAUGCACUAUAGAAAAGUCGGAAAAUCCGUAAAACAGCUAACUUUGAUCGUAAAGACAUUAAUGCCUGUAUCGACAAUUUUUUACAUAACUUUGUACAUGAAAUGCAUAACUAAACUGUUUAUUAUGUACAUGGUAGUUAUAACAUGCACGUAUUAUUAUACGGUGUGCCAUUGCCUCCUUUGGUGCUCCCCCCCUUUCCCCGCCCCUUCGAGGCGUAUAUGAAUUGAGAAUCAGAGAAUCCUAAACAAACACUGGUAUAACUGCCAUAUAAAUGUAAAACGUAUACAUUUUUACAUUAUACCUUAUACAGCAGUAUCUGUGUUUUCUGAGAUCGAAUCUGAGACAAGCCGACUACCAAGUCGGCCGCUUUGAUAAUUCACGUCACCCGAAAUACAAACUUAAAGUAAUCGACAAUAACACGUAUUCUGCGAACACUUCACAAUUAAUAUUGUGCUCUCUUUCGAAGAUCUUACGAUCCUACAGUUUGCUUUCAUCGUGACGCACUGCCGUUUUCUACAAUGUCCCAUCGAUUUUAAAAAAUAAGGAGAAUUGCUACCUUAUUUUUUACUUUUAAUAAUAAAGUAUCAAUGUAACUCAAAUAAGUAUCUUGAUUAGCAUCUUGAUACUAGAACAAUUAUAGCUUCUAAGAAUGCUCGAAUUUAUGAUUUUUACGCAAGUUGGACAUUUCAAACGUUUUCUGCUUGCAAUGAGCUAUAGAAACAAACUCGUAAAACAUGUUAAACAAGCUGUAGGAGAUAUUACUUUUUCCUUUUCACUUCCAUCGCGCGUAUAGGAAAAUAUUGUCCGUUUUAUCUCGGAAGGUAUCGUAACAAGAUUAAUAGUAUAGACGUGUAUAAAAUGAAUAAAUCUACUAGUAAGACUCACACUGUCCGCGUGUAAAGUAGUUUGAAAAUGGUAUACACCGUGCCUAUUAGUGACUAACACGACAUAGUUUUGUCUCACGUUUAAAAGAAUGUUUUAUAAGAUUACAGAAUUUUGCAAACUGUCUCUACUUAGAACGCUUUAUCUUUCUUAAUGAAGAUUCUCUUAAUGAAGAUUCCCUUGAGAUUUAUUUCUUGUCGCUGGGCAAAGCAUUUUUUAAAUAAUGCAUUUGAAAAGACUAAUUGAGAUUUAACUCUUCCUCUUACGAGAAAAAAGUAUUGAUGCUUCCGUUAAGAAGGAUUGGGCUUUAAGUUGAUAAAAAGAAAUGAAGUUUGUGAAAGUUAUUCAAUAAGACAUCCCGCACAACGUCCGCAAUCUUCCUCAAUAAAAAUCAAACGUAAAAUCCGUUUUCUAGCUACGUUACAUACAAUCGUAUUACGUUAUUAUUGAAGAAGAGAUCCACGAAAUUUGUACAAAAGCUAAUAAUAUUUAUGCUAUGAAGUAGUAGUAAAGUAUCUAAGGAAACUAUUGUAUUUUAUCGCACCGCGCCAACUUAGGAACGACGCCGGGGCGAAUGCGGUACCGAUUAGGUCUCGUACAUUAAAUAGCCAAGAUUGGUCAGUACAAUAAAUCGCCUUUCUUCAACGAUUACGACACACGCGUCAUUAGAUGCGAAUGUUAAAGCGUCCGCGUUGCUGGACGCUUCAUUCAAUUCGGACGCUUGUUAGUUAUAUAAAUACGCGUAUUUCGACAGACUGCCAUAGUUAAUUAUUAUGUAUGGUAUAUGUAUACGUAAUUGUUAAGUGUAUAAUCUGCCAGUCUUGGCCGUAUUGUGGCAUAAUAAGUUUUAAGCAGGGUAACGAUCGUGUAAUUUUUUUUUCCCUAAUAGGAAAAUGCAAAAAAGUGAAAAUUUUUAUCAUUAAAGUUUUAAUAGAGAAAUUUUUCACUUUUCACGUUUCCGCUUUAAGAAAAAAGUUACAUGAUUGCUACCCAUCACGGAGAUAGUGCGAUCUAUCUCGUAAACGCGCGAAUACGUACGCAUUUUUUAAAAUAGGCAUUUUUGAAGUGUCCAAAUUAACGAUGUUAGUCUCUCGCGAACGGUUUACGAUAAUGUAAAAACUCUACGUGUAAAGGAACGCGAUAUUUACUUAAUUCUUGUAUUAACGUUAGCAAAGUGGUGUUGCGACCGAUUGGCAGAUCGACAGCGAUAUGUUCUGCAGACUGCAAUGCGUGUUGUUAAGGUGUAGGCGUUAUUGUCUCGCUAUUAUGUCUUAAAUGUCCUCCGAACGUGCCGAAUUUUAUGUGAGGUAUCCAUAACGCCUAUCGCAGAGCAAUACACAGCUCACAGCACUCUCAACUCCAGCACUCUCAACUCGACUUUGCAGAUCUAACUGCCGCAGGUCCAACUUACGAAAGCGGAGAAAGGCACGCUGUGCCGUGAAUUUAUAUAUCCAAUAUUGUAGGCAGCUAAUUGGUCGGUUGUUGCUCGAUAAUUAAGAACACGUGCUACAAUCUGUUGUUCUACAAUUCCAUCUCCGACAACGUAUAAUGUAUAUUAAAUGUCAUAAGUGUUCCAAUGCCUGUUAUAUGGGCACCUUCGCGAACGCGACGCAUCUCCACUAUCGUGAUAUACAGAGUCCCAGGGCUACGUUCUCUUCAUUGUAGAUUUUUUGAUUGAUUCGCUGUUAUUUCACGAAAAUAUUGAAACACAGUCGCUAAAUAUUUAGCAAAUGAAUAUAAGAAAUUUAUAGCAAAUUAAGUUGUACGAGAAAAAAUAGAUAAUAAAGUUAUAUUUUUCAGUUAAAAAUUUAAAUGGACUUCAUUUUAAUUGAAUUUUUUUUAAGAUUUAGUUACAUAUAAAUUCAACGUUGCUUUCAAAUUAGCAUGAGGAACAUUGGGGGAACGUGCAUCUGUCUGUGUAUCAUGAUAGCUUAUAUUAAAGAAAUAAAAACCUGAUAAUAAUAUUAAUAAUAAUAAUAAUACAAGCCGCCUUUUAUAUAUGUUUUUUAUCUUAAUCUGUAGAUGUAAGCCGAUAUAAUAGAAUCCGUUUUAUUAAUAGGCAUAAUUUCAAAGACUCCCUUCAAUGUAAAAGCUAUUUUAAUUGUCAGCUGGACAGAUACAAUGGUACAAUGAAGAGAUUCAUCUAGAUGUAUAUCUGGGAAUGAUUUAUAAUAUCUAAAUUAUUUGUGUAUAAUAUCAAGAUUUUAAAAGUACUCCUUUAGUGAAUUAUACAGACGAUGACAUUUUACAUAUAACGUCUAUAGUGUACGUAUGCAUACAAUUUCCUUAGCCUUUUCAGUAAUUAUAACCGUUUACUGCCAACCCCGAGUAUUUCUUUACAUACACGGCAAUUGUACAUUUUAUAUAAAUUUUAAAUAAAUCAUAUUUUUGUUUAUUUUAUAACGCAAAGGUAUAUAGUUUUUUAGCAAAGCUAGUUCUCGAUAAAGUCAGUAUAAUACCGGCUUUUUGUAACGUGACGUGUGAUCGUAAAGAUUCUAUGUGAACCAGUGUAUAUGUCCGAAUAAAAUAUGAAAUAUCUUAAGUUA